AUGACGCUGAGUGAGAAGGCGAAAGGAAAGCAGCGUGCUGUGGAACCUCAGUCUGGCAACCCAGAACCUCCGAAGAGGGAUCUCGUCAUACGGUUUACCGAGGGUAUACCCGACCUCACGCUGCAGAUUGCAGAGAAAGACGUUGUACGGGAUGUCAAGAAUAAGAUUCGGGAUGCCAGACCCCAGCUGCAUGAUCGGCGUCUUCGCUUAAUUCUCUCCGGGCAGUUGCUCGCAGAAAGCACGCCACUCUACAAUCGGCUGACCACGCUGGAGCAACAGCACCGUCGUGCUGCGUCCGAAAACGAUGCUAAUAGCGUAGGAAGCAAGGUUCAGAAUGCUAACAACAUAUGGUUGCACUGUUCUGUCGGGCCCCAGAUGACGGAUGGCGAGGAAGAAGAGCACUCGUUACAGACUGCUCAGCUCAAACCUUUGAGAGGGUUCGAUCGGCUCGCCGCCGCUGGCUUCUCCGAACAAGAUAUUGCCAAUAUCCGGCUGCAAUUCCAUGCACACUCUGCUGGCGACUAUAUCGAUCAAGACUUUGAAAGCGACGAAGACUUCGAUGAGCACGCGCGUGCGCUUGAAGAGCAGUGGAUUGAUUCGUUCGAUAACGGGGGUACGCCGCUUUCGCAGUCCUCGUCGCGAGCGACAUCGAUGCUAUUGAACGGUGUCGUCCCUGGUUUCUUCUUCCCCUUGAUACCCUUCUUCUUCUUCCGUUCCCCGAAGCCGGCUGUGUUCUGGGACGACGGGAGCGAACUUGAAGCGACGAGCAGUGUCAUCUUCUCGAGACGUUUGCAAAUGGGUAUUGUAGUCGGCUUCCUGCUGAACGCAAUCUUUGGCAUUUGGACAUAUCUUCUCACGUCGCCCUGA